AUGAGCAACAACGACGAUAAGAAUAACAAUCAAGAUUUAAAUCUCGAAAAGGUCGAAGAAAUUGUUAAUAUUGUCAAGAAUAAGACCAUUGAAGGAUCUACAGUUGUACUUACAGGUGUAAAAGAUGCCUACAGUGUUGCUGCUGAAAAGACUGAAGAAGUCUAUCACUACAUUACAUCGGAAGAAGCCAAACAAAAACUCCAAGAAACUGCCCAAACCACUGCUACUACUUUAACUAGUGCCUAUUCAUGGUUUUCUAGUAAUGUAACUUCACUCGUUGGUGAUACUUACAAUCAAGUCUCCUCUGCCUUGACAGGAAAUCAAGAGAAUGACCAAAACAAUGCUUCUUCCACAUCUACAACAACAACUACCACCAAUGAACCUACAACAACAAACGAAGAGAAAAAAUAA